AUGUCAGUCAAGGAAGACAUUUCGCUGGGCGUCUCGAGCGAGCACAUUUCGGCUAGUGAAGAGGGAGACUUGAAGGCACUUGACAACGUUCAUGGCGAUGAAGCUAUCAAGGUCCUCGCUGUCUACGAUGGCGAUCAAACUUGGACCCCCGAGGAGGAGAAAAGGCUGCGCAGAAAGAUUGACUUGAAGCUUUUGCCUGUCUUGUGUGCCACCUAUGCCUUUCUCUACGCCGACAAAGUUCUCCUGGGACAAGCUGCUCUCUUCGGCAUCAAGGAUGAUUUGGAAUUGAACACUGGAAAUCGCUUUUCAAUGGCUUCUUCAAUCUUCUACCUUGGGUUUAUUCUGGGAGCCUACCCAGUCAUUGUACUGGCCCAGAGAUUUCCCAUUGAGCGGGUCGCUUCUCUAGCAAUCAUUGUCUGGGGAGCCACCUUGAUCUGCACCCCCGCGUGUACUGAAUUCCGCGGACUUUAUGCACAACGAUUUUUCCUUGGUUUCACUGAAGCUGGAAUCAGCCCCAUGUUUAUGAUGAUCGUCGGUGGAUGGUACAAAAAGGAUGAACAGUCUCUACGAAUGGGUGCCUGGUAUUCAUGGACAGGUUACGUGUCCAUCUUUUCGCCGCUUGUCAACUACGGACUUGGACACCUCAAGGGAAGCCUUUCCCCCUGGUUCUACAUGUACUUUUUCGCCGGCGCCCUUACCAUCAUCUGCGGCGUUGUGAUUUACUUUGUCCUCCCACCUGAUCCCAUUCGAGCUAGGGGCUUCAAUGAGAGGGAGCGUUAUAUCGCAGUGGCUCGCAUGAGGACCAAUAACUCCGGAGUGCGAAAUACGCAUUUCAAAAAAGGACAAGCAUUUGAGCUUUUAGCCGAUGUCAAGUUUUGGCUGAUAUUCUUCUACGCUGUCACUAGCAUGUUCGCUAACGCGCCAAUCUCGACUUUCCAGGCUAUCAUCAUCGAUGGCUUUGGUUUUAAUCCGCUCAACUCGUUGCUUCUCAUGAUACCAUCUGGUGUUUAUGCUGGCAGCAUGAUGCUUCUUAUGACCUACUUGGCUUACAAAUUCCCUGGCUGGCGAACAUAUCUCAUCAUUAUCACCCAGUUGGUUACGAUGACUGCAAGCCUUCUUCUCUGGCUUCUGCCUCGGUCGGCACUCGGUGGACUUCUUUUUCCUGCUACAUUCUCCCAACAUUGGGCGCUGGGUAACUUUGCAGGACCUCAGGCAUUCCGAUCCGAAGAUGCCCCGCAUUAUAACAAAGGAUUUAUCGUGGUUGUUAUCACAUCCUUUGUUGCAGCUUGCCUUAUUUUGGUAUACCGUAUUAUCUGCGCGAUGGAGAAUCGCCGCCGCGACAAGACGGGAACCGCCGAAGGGUUUGAGCAUGCGUACGAGGAUGACUUAACCGACAAGAAGAACAUGCAAUUCCGGUAUUCGCUGUGA